UACUCCUUAAGUAGUCCGUAGUGCAUUUUUACCAAUCAAUCACUUCUUAAUGUUUUAUUCAUGUGAAUAGAAGAGGCGUACAUAAUUAUUUGUGAACAAACUGAGUCCGCUCGAUCUGAUCUCUGAUGUAAAUGUUUAUAACUGAAAAUAUAUGCAGCAGUAAAUGGUUCCCGACCAUUUCAAUAGCCAAAUAAGCAGAUGCUCCAUAAAACAACCAGAUAAAACGAAAAGGCGGCACCGCUUAUUUUUUCAAUGCAUUUGUUUAGUGUUUAUGGAACGAAAUAUGACUCAACAACCUGUCGAUUGAUUACAAUCCGACCUUGUACCGCAAACAGCGAAAUUAAUGUUGUUGUGUAGUGUACCCGCUUGUUGUAAGUGGCGCCCUCACACGUGCCUCGCAGUAACCACCUGCAGUUGUCAGGAAAGUGAUGACGAUCGCUAAAGAUAAAUAAAUCCGCCUAAAAACAUCGUACAACUUCCACUUUCCUCGAAAAUCGAGCUUAAAUUGCCAUCCGUGCGCGAAAAGUGCCUUAAACCUGGGUGUGGUGUUGUGCGUUCAACUGUCAAUUUAUAGGUUAUCCAAGUGUCAUCGUGAAAGUUCAAAGCCUCCCACUUAAUGCCACCGUCUGACAUUUCCGAGUGAAUCCCUUCGUAAUGGCCCUAUUCAAAGUCCAAGCACUUUACGAUUUCGUCGGCGAGUCCAAUACUGCCGAGCUCUCAAUUACGACCGGCGAAGUGCUAACGGUUACGAGAACUGACAUCGGCGAGGGCUGGUGGGAAGGACUGAACUCGCGGGGGCAGUCGGGGCUCUUCCCCGAGGCCUAUGUGGCCAAGAUAGAGGAGACGGCGCCCCCGAACAUGCCGCCCCCGGCCCUGCCGCCGCAGAACGACUGGACGGGGGCUCAGCAAGACGACGAUUGGGACGAUGAGUGGGACAAUGAUGACACAUACAGCGAGAUCGCUAAUAAUGCACAAAGGGAGCCCCAUUACACUAACGAGCCCAACCAGAAUCAGUUCGCCUAUGGGAGCGGACAAGUGGAUAAUAUUUCGGAAAGUAGCUAUAAUGUGGAUAACAGAGUCACCAAGAAGAGUUUAAAUAUUUUCUCGUCGUAUGUGAAAAGUGGAUUAGAAAGCUAUAUUUUCGGCACGUUAAAAGACAUCCCAUCCCACACAAAAAUUCGAAUAUUUCGAGAAAACGACAACGUGUUCCGAUGGGAACUGAUCUCGGACCCGUACACGGUCCAAGUGACCUCACCAAAAAAAGCGUCAAAAAUGGGCGGCCUCAAAUCAUUCAUCGCAUAUCAAUUAACACCAUCGUUCACCGGAAUCGAAGUAUCCCGCCGUUACAAACACUUCGACUGGCUGCACGACCGCCUCUCCGAAAAGUUCAACAUAAUCGCAAUUCCUCCGCUACCGGAUAAACAGAUUUCGGGCCGGUAUGAGGAGCAUUUCAUCGAGCACCGGAGAGUGCAGCUGCAGGAGUUUGUCAAUUACGUGUGUCGACAUCCAGUUCUGUCGACUUGCGACGUUUGGAGGCAUUUUCUCACCUGCACUAACGAAAAACAGUGGAAGGAAGGCAAGAGAAAAGCGGAGAAAGACCAGUUAGUCGGGGCGAACUUUUGCCUGUGCAUCGAGGCCCCAGAUAAGGACUUGUUAGCGUCGACUAUUGAAAGUAAAAUUGAGAGUAGCAUAUCGUACAUUAACCAAAUGGACCAGUGCAUCAAGGGCUUGAUGCAGACGGCGUCCGAUCAGCAGAAAAAAUGCGAGAAUUUGUAUAAAAGAGAACAUACGAAAAUUGGCGAGAGCUUUUUCCAGCUCGGGGUCGCGUUCGAGCACAGGGAAGGUGGAUUGUUCUCGGAUUUGGCCACAGAUGUGAAGAAAAUUGGGACCACUUAUAUUGAAAUCGCCAAGUUGUGCGAAGAUCAGGCGAAAAUCGAUUGGCAGCCGCUAACCGAUAAGUUGUACCUCUACAGGGGGAUCACGAGUUCGUACCCCGAUAUUUUCUCGAUGCAAAAACACGCCGAACAAAAGAAGAAGGAGUGUGAAAGGAACACGCAGUUCUCACACCAGCAAAUCACUGAAGUUAGGAAGCGCACCGAUGUUCUGACUUACUCGGUUUUCGCCGAACUCGACCAUUUCCAGGCUGAGAUGAACACCGAAUUUCGGUCAGCCAUGCGGUCGUUUUUGCAAGAACAGGUCAACUAUUACAAAAAUGUAGUGAGCAGAUUGGAAGACACCUUGAGGAAGUUUGAGUAGUUUUUCUUGCCUUGUUAUCAUCUAUCGUGUUUAUUUCCAAGCCAAAACAAUUGUGAUUUAACUUUUUAUUAUAUAAUCUGUUAUAUGUUUAUCCUUACGUGCUGUGUAUAUUAUGGAAAUUCCAACGUUUACAUUAAUUUUUAUUUAAUAGAAUCACCGAGACAUAUUUUGUACAUGAAAUGUAAUUGUAUAUUUCUAUAUAUUUUGUUAAGUCAGAUGUAAUAAAUGUGCUUACACGAA